UAAAGAUGAAUAGCUAGAAUACUUUCGCCGAAUUAUAAUAACGACACGGAAUCAUAUAGUAGCACAAAGACACUAGAAAUAAGAAAUUAAAUUAUAUUCUCUGGCAUAUCACAAAGAAGUGGGAUAUCACCAUGUUAUUUGGUACUGUGUCAAAUGUCCAAUUAAACCGGGACAAUCUUAUUUCUACUGCACACGUUUUGUACUCGUAAUCAAAUAAUGGGCGGUUCAGCAAGCUCUCCGAUCCCUGGUGGUGGGACGUCUGGGUACCACAUUCUGCGAGUUCAGGACGGUUCACCUGGUCAUCAAGCUGGUUUGGAAGCUUUUUUCGAUUUCAUCGUUGCAGUUGGCGACAAACGUCUGGAGGAAGAUAAUGACUGCAUUAGAGAUUUAUUACAGGCCAAUAAAGAUAAACCUGUUCGCCUACUUGUUUAUUCGUCUAAAUCUCAAUCUUGUCGUGAAGUAACUCUAAUACCCAAUAAUCAUUGGGGUGGUCAGGGUUUGAUGGGUGUCAGUAUUCGAUAUUGUUCAUUUGACAGAGCUAAUGAAAAUGUAUGGCACGUAUUAGGUGUAGAGUCUAAAUCACCAGCGGAUUUAGCUGGAUUAAAACCAUACACAGAUUACAUAAUUGGUGCAAACUCCGUAUUGAAUAAUAGAGAUGAUUUUUUCGAACUAAUCGAUUCUUCCGACGGGCACGUGAUUCAAUUGUAUGUUUAUAAUUCUGAAUUGGAUUCAUGUCGUGAAGUACAUCUCAAACCUGAUUCCAAUUGGGGUGGGAAUGGCUUACUCGGUUGUGAUAUUGGUUAUGGUUACUUACAUCGUAUUCCAACAGCAGCAUCAACACUGCCUGAAACAUCACAGUUACCGAACAAUGCGCCGCAUUAUCCACAGGAAUCUCUAAAACCGUCAACUGUUAGUGAAUUAAAAUUACCACCUGCGUCAUCAAAUGAAAUUACUAACGGAGUUGCUGCUCCUUGUUAUCCCCCACCUUCGUAUACGUUCAACAAUACACCAUCAAAUAAAUUUGCUGAGGUUUCUCUAGUAUCUUCAUCAAUGCAACCCACAAUACCGCCUUCAUCGACACCACUUCCAACUACUUAUCCUACUCAAGUUCCUGUAGAUCAUUUUAACUAUGCUUACGCCCCCGUCCCAUCUUCAGCAUUUACACAAAAUUCAAAUAUCCCGCCUCCUGCACCUCUUCCUCCUGGAUUGACAAAUAUAUUUAGUAUGCCAUCAAUAAGUUCUCCAUCUGUUGUUGGCGGUGUUCCUGUCGUAUCUUCAGAUGCACCUUUGAUUUCUUUCGAAUCUACAAAAAAUGUUGGAAAUGCUCCUCAAUAUUCACAGUUUAAUAUACCACAAAUGUCAAGUGCUCAAUAUUUUCAACCUGUCACUGAUAGUCUACCUACUUCUACGAUGAUUGCACUGCCUGGAAUGCCACCAUUAGACGUUAAAAUGCCUCCUCUAGAAAGUCUCAAUCUUUCUACAAAUCAAAGUUCGUAAUUGGUACAUUUGUUUUGUUAAAUUAGCAAAGUAAUGGCUUUUAUCAAUUCGGUUUAUCAAGAAUCCCAUCUCUUAGUCAAUUGUUUUUCCAAUACAUAUAUAUAUAUAUAUACAAUGUGAUAAACAAUCUGUGGUUUUAAUUUGAAAAUAUAUUCCCUCUUUUUUUUAUUGGAAAUUUUUUGCAUGUUUAUUUGUUGUGAAUUUACUCACAUCGUUUUGUGAUAAUAUAAACUAUCAGAACUAUUGUGAAGUGCCUCUUAAAUAAAUUAAUCGACUUUAAUUUUCUUUUCAUACCGUAAAUUUAACAAAUAUUCGUUUUCUCAUUUACAAUAUCUCUUCAAUUGUGUAGUAAUGCUGUCAUAUGUAACAUUAUUAUUUUCCUUCGUAGUUAUGUUUUAUUUCUUUUUCAAUAUUAUUGUCUCCUUAUUUAUUAUUUGGUUCUUGUGAUUUGACAUUGACAAGAAAAUAUACAAUGAUCCGUUUUUUCCUUAAAGUUUGUUGGUUUAUUCAACUUAUCUGUGGUUCCCUAUUGUAUAAUCACUACUUCAGUUUUAUGUACUAUGUUCAUUAUUAUUAGUGUUAUAUAAUUUUUCGGAUAUGAAAGUCCUCUUUUUCAACGUAGUAUUCCACCUACCAAUUAGUUGAUUCAACCCAUUUUUUGUGUGUACCACUUUGAUAAACUAUGGUAUGGGUAAAAAAAUUGGCUGCUUA